AAACGGCGGGCGGCUUUGUAGAGGUCUUUGCGCUGUUUUAACCUGUGUCACAACAAAUUCAGUUAUGGGAGUCUUUGUUUGAUAUGCGAUUGUCUCAAACAAUUUUUAUUCUGAGUGGAAAAUAUGCUGACCACUUCGCGCGAUUCGGUGGCUACUCUCCCACCCCUCUAUCUCUGAAAAAACUGAUUGCGUUUGGUAAAGUUGGCUCUCUUCAGAAGUCUGCAGCAUUUUUGGCGGAUGAACUUCCUGUUCGCCUAGCAAAUAUUUUGCAAGAAAUUUAUUUACUUCCUGAACGGCUUGUCAAGACUCCUUCAGCAUCUCUUGUAACACGAUGGUAUGAACAAAGCUUUUGUGAAUUAAUGGACUUUGAGAAAGUGAAAUGGGAUGAAAAAAGUCUGAAUCAGUUUAAUGAACGCCUUGCUAGUAUUCGUAGUCGCCAUACGAAUGUCGUUGAGAUGAUGGCACAGGGUGUAAUGGAAAUGCAGGAAAACCAUAAAACUGAUAUAGUUACAAACAACCAGGUUCAGUACUUCUUGGAUAGAUUUUAUAUGAUGAGAAUCAGUAUUCGUAUGCUACUUAGCCAGCACUUGCUGAUGUUUGGUUCAGAGUUGAAUAAACAUAGAAGAUAUGUAGGCUCUAUUGAUCCUGAUUGCAAUGUUCGAGAAAUAUUAGAUGAUGCAUAUGAGGAUGCCAAAUUUCUUUGUGAGCAUUACUAUUCAGCAGCCCCUGAAAUAAAAAUUCGGGUUCAUGGUGGUGACAAUGUAAAAAUUGAAUUUGUCUAUGUACCUUCUCAUUUAUAUCAUAUUUUGUUUGAAUUACUAAAAAAUGCCAUGCGAGCAGUGGUAGAGCAGCAUAGUAAGGCUGAUUAUCUUCCACCUGUUGAGGUCUUGAUAGCAACUGGUCAAGAAAAUGUAACAAUCAAAUGCUCAUCAGUUGGUGUCACUGAAUUGCAAUGGUUGAUAACCAAUGACAAAAUGCUAUCAUAUGGAGCGAUUGAGUUGAUCUGUUUGAUACUAAACUGCUUACUGUCCAGAUACUCUUAGCUAGUGAAAAAUCAUGAUGAACAGUAGUAAUAUUAUUGCUGAUUUUUUGGAAAUUUUCAAAAUUAGAUUUCUGAUUUGGGUGGUGGUAUCCCACGGUCUCAAAUGGAUUUAGUUUUCAAUUACACUUAUACAACUGCCCGGCAAGCUGAACGAUGCGGCGAACCAUCUUUAUCGUCGACGGAAUUUGGACCACCUGGUCACGCAACCAAUGCUCCAAUGGCAGGUUAUGGUUAUGGUCUUCCACUUAGUCGAUUAUAUGCAAAGUAUUUCAAUGGUGAUCUUAUAUUAUCCAGUGUAGAAGGCUACGGAACUGAUGCUAUAGUAUAUCUAAAAAGUAAUGCUGCUGAAGCUGAUGAAUUACUUCCUGUCUUCAAUCGUACUUCUGCUAAACAAUAUGAAUGUGCUGGUAUCCCGGUUGCUGACUGGUCUAAUCCUAAUAUAACAACUGGUUGGCGAAGAAAUUAAAUAUGCUUUUACUACAUUUCAUUUUCCCCAUAAUUAAAAAUUUCCUUAUUGGCAUUUUCCCCUUUUUUAUGAAUCAUAUUUCUGUAGUUUUCCAUUUUCUCUCUCUCCUUCAUUGCCGCUAGAUUUUGACUUGACAAUAAAACACAGCUAGCGUCAAUACACAGCUCAUAUUAGUUCAUUGUUUGUAAAUUUUAGAAUUUUAGAAACUCCUUUCGUUUUCUUGUGAGGAUAUUGCAGAAACAGAUUCAGUUAUUUGAAUAAUGCUUGUGCAUUUCUGUUUCUAUAUCCUCACUUUUUAUGUAUUUCAACUUUAAUUCUUAUUGAAGUAAUCAUACAUAGUUUAUACUUUCAUGUAUAGAGUAGGAUUUACUUUCAUCGUUACAUUAAAUCUGCAUUUCUUAAUAUCCUUUUACUUAUUUUUAUUUCUUAUUCUCAAGAAAAAUGUUUCAGAUAUUUAAAGGAGAGAAUACAAGAGAACUGAAUGUCUUGAAAUUUUAUAACUGACAUCAUUUUAUUAUCAUUUAGAAAGAAAAAUAAUCAUAUUAUUUUCAUAUUUUCUCCUUGUUGUUGUUGUGGUGGUUGUUUUUGUUUUGUAUCUUGUUUAUCUUUUCAUCUGUCUCAUUUCAUUGUCGUCAACUUUACGGUUUUGACGAAUAAUAAUAAUAACAAAACGAAUAUAAUUCAAUGUGUAUGCUAAUAAAGAUCAUUGAAGUGUGUUUGAUCAUUUGUUUAAAUGGUGUUUAUUGAAUUGUAGAUUAUGUUCAUUUAUUGAUAACAACAUGUACAUCUUUUUCAGUUUGAAAUAAAGAUUCAUUUUGUCAAUGAAUAACAGUCUUAUAUUUUCUUGUUUUUUAAUCUCAAAAUUUUACUGUCAGUUUAGACUUAUAUGAUGAGUAAAAUAUUUGCAAUGAAUAGCUUUUUGAAUUCCCCUCUGUUAUUAUGUGUAAAUUGUUGAUAAUAUGUAUUUACAGAAUGAAUAUUUGUG